CCAAUUUGCUUUAAAAAAGCUAUUAAAAUGGCAUCUAGAUCUAUAUUCAUAGCAUUUACUCAGCACGUGUGACCUUUUGUGCAAAGAUGGCUCGUAUCUCCUUCCUACUCUUUCUCUUUAGCCUCCUCACCUUUCAAGCAGCUGAGGCUCACUCUGUCUCUCACCAGUUCUCACCCACCACACCAAACAUGAUCUUCAUGUUAAUGGAUGAUAUGGGUUGGGGAGAUUUGGGCGUUUAUGGACAUCCGGUCAAAGAAACGCCUAACCUAGACAAGAUGGCUUUAGAAGGAAUGCUGUUGCCAGACUUCUAUUCUGCUAACCCAUUAUGCUCACCAUCUCGGGCGGCAAUGCUGACAGGUCGACUCCCAAUAAGAAAUGGCUUUUAUACAACAAAUGCUCAUGCACGUAAUGCAUACACUCCUCAAGACAUUGUCGGUGGCAUACCUGACUCUGAAAUACUUUACCCAGAGCUACUCCAAAAGAAUGGAUAUGCUACAAUGAUCAUUGGGAAAUGGCAUUUGGGUCAGCAGACACAUUAUCACCCACUCAAGCACGGCUUUGAUGAAUUCUUUGGCUCAACAAACUGUCACUUUGGGCCAUUCGAUGGUAAGGAGCAACCCAACAUGCCUGUAUAUAGGAAUGCAACCAUGGCAGGAAGGUACUAUCAGGAUUUCCCCAUUAAUCAUAAGACUGGAGAGUCAAACCUCACAGUUGAGUACACACAGGAAGCUAUCAAGUUCAUCAAUAAGAAUGCUGCAAAUAAGAAACCAUUCUUUCUUUACUGGACCCCAGAUGCAACCCACACUCCUCUGUUUGCUUCUAAAGACUUCCUUGGAACAAGUCAAAGGGGACUCUAUGGUGAUGCUGUCAAAGAGCUUGAUUACAGUGUUGGUCAGAUACUGGAUACACUAAAGACGCUUGGAAUUGACAAAGACACUUUGGUUAUAUUCUCGUCUGAUAAUGGAGGAGCUACGUAUGCUAAAGAAAGCGGUGAGGCAAGCAUUGCUACAAAAAAUGUUAUAAUUAUUAUAUUUGAUAAUGUUUUAGGCGGUAGUAAUAGUCCUUUUCUUUGUGGUAAAGAAACGACAUUCGAAGGAGGAAUGAGAGAGCCUACAAUAGCAUGGUGGCCGGGUACCAUUCAACCAGGACAGGUCAGUCAUCAGUUAGGUAGUCUAAUGGACUGGUACAGUACAGCAUUAGAUCUAGCAGGGAUUAGUGAGCCUUCUGAUAGAAUAAUAGAUGGCAUCAGCUUAGCUCCACUCUUUAAGAAAGGCCAGGAAACUAACAGAACCAUCUUUUAUUAUCGUGGCAAUGAGAUGAUGGCAGUUAGAAAUGGACUGUACAAGGCACAUUACUGGACAUGGACCAAUUCACUUGAGGAAUUUAAUGAAGGAACUGAUUUUUGUCCUGGUGAAGUUAUUAAUAAUGUCACUACACAUGAUCAAGUAAACAACACUGCUCAACCGGUUCUGUUUCACCUUGGAAGAGACCCUGGAGAGAAAUAUCCAAUCAAACACAAUAGUGCUGAAUAUAAAAAUGCAAUGGAUGUCAUAACGCCAAUAGUUGAUGAUCACCAUAAGACUAUGAUUGCUGGUAAUCCACAGUUGAACUAUUGUGAUAAAGCAGUUAUGAAUUGGGCUCCACCUGGCUGUGAUAAACUCAACGACUGUCUCCCCAUUCCUCCAUCAAAUAAACAACUGUGUACUUGGGUACACUAGCCAACUAAUGCUAAAGCUAAAGCCGUCAUGCCAAAAAGCACUAGUAUAGUAAAAAUAGAACAUUUACUCAUUUUUGUAUUAAUUUUUAAUUUGGCUAAUAGAGAUAGCUAAUAACAUGUGA